UGAACUCACAUGAUUGAUUAUUUACCUGGAAAAGCAGCAUGUAGUCCUGCUCGGACAGGGAGCUAUACCCAUAAUGGAUUCUGGCAAGCAGCUCACAGGGACUCUGGUCCUGGCCGUGUUCACUGCGGUGCUGGGAUCACUGCAGUAUGGCUACAGCCUGGGGGUCAUCAACGCUCCUCAGAAGGUGAUCGAGAGGCACUAUGGCCGCUCCCUUGGCGUGGUGCCUGAUGAUGACUUGGCCAGUAACCGCAUAGUGCUUGGCAACACCACCGAGCCAGAGGAGGUCCACCCCUCCGUGGUCAUGUACUGGUCUUUAUCGGUGGCCAUUUUCUCUGUCGGUGGAAUAUUCUCCUCCUUCUUGGUUGGCUUUGUGGCCGACUUCCGAGGAAGGAUUAAAGGCAUGCUAGUUGUGAACGUCCUGGCUAUUGCUGCAGGCCUUCUGAUGGGCCUGGCUAAAAUGGGGAAAGCCCACAUCAUGGUCCUCUCAGGCCGUGCCGUCAUGGGCUUCUACUGCGGUCUCUCAUCUGGACUGGUCCCCAUGUAUGUUGGAGAGAUUUCUCCUGUAGCAUACCGAGGUGCUUUAGGAACACUUCACCAACUGGCCAUAGUAACAGGCAUUCUCCUCAGUCAGGUCAUUGGCCUGGACUUCCUGCUGGGUAAUGAUGACUACUGGCCCCUGCUGCUUGGCCUGUCUGGUGCCCCAGCCAUCCUGCAGACAUUACUGCUCCCUCUGUGUCCAGAGAGUCCACGCUACCUCUAUAUCAAACAGGGCAAGGAGCAGGAGGCCUGCAAAUCACUGAAGAGGUUUAAGGGUGAGUACGACACCUCCAAAGACAUAGCGGAGAUGAAGGCAGAGAAGGAUGAGUUGAUGAAGGAGAGACCUGUGACCAUUCUGGGCCUGCUGCGUUCCUCUGCGCACCGCCAGCAGCUCUUUGUGGCCCUGAUGAUGCAUCUGUCCCAGCAGUUCUCUGGAAUCAACGCCAUCUUUUAUUACUCCACAGCAAUCUUUUACAAAGCAGGAGUCACACAGCCUGUGUAUGCUACAAUCGGUGUUGGAGUCAUAAACCUAGUCUUCACUAUGGUCUCGGUGGCUAUGGUGGACAGGGCUGGUAGACGGACACUAACAUUGAUUGGAUUGGCAGGAAUGUGUUUGUGUGCCAUAGCCAUGACAGUGGGCCUAGUUUACUUGCACACUUAUUCUUGGAUGAGCAUCGUGAGCAUGGCAGCCAUAUUCCUUUUUGUCAGCUUCUUUGAGAUAGGGCCUGGACCUAUCCCAUGGUUUAUAGUGGCUGAGCUCUUCAGCCAGGGUCCCCGUCCAGCUGCUAUUGCACUGGCUGGCUGCUGCAACUGGACAAGCAACUUCAUCGUUGGCAUGUUUUUCCCCUAUGUAGAGGUUCUGCUUGGGAAUUAUGUGUUCAUCCUGUUUGCUGGGUUUCUUUCCAUCUUCACACUCUUCACAUACUUUCGUGUCCCUGAGACCAAGGGCAAGACCUUUGAGGAGAUUGCUGCCGUGUUCCAGCGGAAGCGGAAAGGCUCACCAGCAGGAGCCAGUGUAACGACGGAAUUAGAGCAGCUCAAGUCUUCUGCAGAGGCCUGAGGAUGGAAACAGUGAAUCCUCUUGCAUAUUGAGAAUGCAGGCUGUUACUGUAACUUUAAAUAAGCUUGGUGGAAUUUUUGCCUGCUACCAUUGGCAUAAAUAUAAAUGUUAUGCAUCUACAUAACAAUACUAUUAUGCAUUUCUACAGCUAAAUGUGAGUGAGAUGAAAGCAAAACCUAAUAAUGGUCUGGAGAGAGACUAAAGACCUCUAUAUAUUUUAAAUUUAUGUUAAUAUUUUUAUUUCAAUAUUUAGCUCAACAUGUUUGCCUUAUCAUUUUAAAGGCGCAGUCAAUGAUCACUCAUGAUCCGCUAGUUGCCCAUUCUGAAAGUACACUGUAAAAAACCUGGUCUCUGUAGGCAGCCCAGGCUUCUAAAACUGGAAACGAAGUGGGGGCAGCCUGUCCCCCAAACAAAACGAAACCCUGUGCAGUUUCUCUGGGAAUACUAUAGGGAGGGGUGAGCUACCUUUCUGGUGUGUUUUGUUUGGUCCUUGGUUAACAUAAACAAAUGCAACUUCCUGCAGAAUUGCUGUCUGUACCUUUAAGUGUGCUGUUUUUAAUAUUGUGGGAUGCCCCUGACUGAUGUUUUCAUAUGUAACUGUAAUGAUUGAUGUCAAUCAUGUGGAUUUCUGUCCAAGCUUAAAUGUACAUGUUGCAAUGUAGGCAAUAUAAGUUGGUGUGACUGUGUAUUUAUACAAGGCAUUUCAGAGCAAGCAGACAAUUUCAUUAAUGUUUACAGGAAGAGAGGUGAUUUACAUGUAUGCCAUAAACUUGUAUUGCUAUUUCAUUAUUUUGUUAUUUUUGAGAUCAGUUGGCCUAUUAAAACCAGCAUUUUCCAUCUAAAAGUUAAGUAAGUUUGCGACAGCAUCAGUACCAUCUUGUUAAUAUAACUGGAAGGAAAUUUCAUGAUUGCCAAUGCAGUAUUCAAAGAUCCUGUUAUGGGAAUGGAAAAUGCUAAUAAAUUAGCUGAAUCUUCAAUAAUUCUUGCACACAUAGCCUAGCUUGUCAUGUGAGGUUUCUGAGAAUAUUCAUUUGAUAUCCCAAAUGUUUUCAAGACAGGUUAUUUGUGAAAGCAAAGAUGUCAAAUGUGGUAGCACUGAAUUAACAUUCAAAAUUAAUGAAGGGUAAAUUGUUAAAAUGAUUUAUGAAUGAAACUCUGAGUUUACGUAACUUGAAUGAAAAUUACUAAAUAAAAAAAGGUCUAAGGAAAAUUA